CAAGCCAUUCUGUAGUUCUCUUGACUUGCAUGGCAAGACCCAGGGCUACAUGGGUGCCAGCCUCCCACACUGGAGGGUUCAUGGGGACAAUCCAAGGUGCUUCUCAGGCACUUGGGGUAGAUAUCCUGGGUACGUGGCAGAGCUGCACUUCUUGGCAGUGUCUGAGCCAUGGCAGGGGGGUGCCAGGCCCAAGCUGUGCCCUUUGCAGUUUGGGGGUUGGUGAGGAGCGACUUGUGGUGGGCCUGCGAGGAGGACCACCACCCUGGCAGGCUUCAACAGUUUCAUUUGUUCCCCCCGCUCAGGAUUGCCCCUGCGUUGCUGAGGCAGGCAUCGUAUGGCACCAUAAAGAUUGGCAUUUACCAGAGUUUGAAGCGGCUGUUUGUAGAUCGCCUGGAAGAUGAAACGUUGCUAAUCAAUGUAAUCUGCGGAGUGGUUUCAGGGGUGAUCUCCUCUGCAAUUGCCAAUCCAACAGAUGUGCUGAAGAUUCGAAUGCAAGCUCAAGGCAGUUUAUUCCAGGGUGGCAUGAUUGGCAGCUUCAUCGACAUCUACCAGCAGGAGGGUACCCGAGGCCUCUGGAGGGGUGUGGUCCCAACAGCUCAGAGAGCUGCCAUCGUGGUCGGGGUGGAACUGCCAGUCUACGACAUCACCAAGAAGCACUUAAUUCUGUCAGGCCUGAUGGGUGACACUAUCUUUGCCCAUUUCGUUUCCAGUUUUACAUGUGGGCUGGCUGGGGCCAUUGCCUCCAACCCUGUGGACGUGGUGCGGACACGGAUGAUGAACCAGCGGGCAAUAGUGGGCAGCACGGAGCUCUAUAAGGGCACCCUGGAUGGCCUUGUGAAGACAUGGAAGAGUGAGGGCUUCUUUGCACUCUAUAAAGGUUUCUGGCCCAACUGGCUUCGGCUCGGUCCCUGGAACAUCAUUUUUUUUAUCACAUACGAGCAAUUGAAGCGACUUCCAUUCUGACAGUUGGCUUCAUUUCAUGGGAGUCAUCUUCAAGACUUGCAGCAGAGAGCUUUGCUGCAGCCUUCCUCUUCAUUUCACCAUCCCCAUGAAGUUUUGGUACAUGUGGGUCUGGGCUCUCUCCCCGCCCCCCCCCAAAUGCAUGGUCCCUGAAGCAUGAUCUGGCUGAAGUGUAACUGGGAGGCUGAUGGCAGAGGCUGCAUGUUUUUUCACAUGGAGGCAAGUAUUAACAGUGUAGAAGUGUCUGGGCCUGAAGCAAUAUCUUCUGUGAAGAUCUGUGCAUUCCAGUGGCCUUUAGGUGCAGCUGUGGUUUGUGGUUUGGCUCGUGUGCGUUUUUCUGCCAUGCCUGCGGGGUGAGGCUGGGAAGGGGCGCUGUCAUGUUUUCUUGCAGAACUGUAACCUCAUUAAAUUAUUUAUUGACUGGA